CCUUGAUCUUGUCGAGAAACUACGAUGCAGCUCGAGCGUGUAUCCGAAAUUGCCAUGGUCGUGGUGACGGCUGCCGUUUUGAAUAUUUUGACGGACAGUUUUACUCUUUCGAAAGCAUCAAAGGAUGCCAUCCGGCGCGCUUUCAUCGUUCAGCCUCUUGUCAUCAUUCUAGCCAAUAUACGGAUACCAGACAGCGCACCCGUCGUUCCUUUCGCGUGGUUUCACAUAUUUCAUCUUAUUUUGUGGAUAUACGUUUUAAUGCCCCCAUCCACUCCGGCGGGAGUUUUCGCCCCGGUACUGCUUACACACCUCUUGUGGACUCUUGCUAUUCGACAAAACAGUCUAUUCACCACCGGCUCAUAUGGCGCCGUCUUCCGCGCGUCUGUAUAUGCCUUUUACUCGAUGGUCCACGGCAUCAUACUUCUUACGAUGCACGAUGAAACUCUCACCGAGCAAUGGUCGCGUAUUGCUUUACCCCCUCGUAUCGCACCAUUUAUUUGCUUCCUCUACAUUCCUGUGGAGGUAUUUUGGACAUGGAGCAAGAAUAUCGGUCGAGCCUUACUUAACCGACCGUUGAUUGGCGAUACUGAAGAUCUCAUCUGGUUGCGUCUUCUCCAUGGCUGCGAGGGCAUGAGAAAUCCGGCGAACUUUUUGCCCGUAAGUGCUUCUCUGUUCUCAAACCCUCUUGCCAAUGCAUCGGUGAAUCAGCCCCUGCGACGCCAAACUCAGCCGGAUCUGGACUCGCAAGUUUGAGUCUUGCCUGCCCGGCAAACACUCCGCUACAUGUUGCGAGCAACAAAUGCUCCGCCAGUCGUCGACAUUAUGAAUAGCAAACUAAAAUUGGAUCACGCGGGAACUGCGUCCAGCCAAGAUUGAAGAAAGGAUUUUGUCUAUUCUCCAGCAGAGUUUCAUGAUCAGUGAUUGCAAUGUAUGUGUUCGCUGGUGACAAACGGCCAUGGAGCUUGCACUUUGACUUCGUAACUCGUGUAAUACGUUCAAGUCCAAUGAAUAAGUGUACGAUAUAUAUUACAUGAUAUAAUUUAAGCCUUUAGUGUUCCCACAAUAACCUUAGGAUCUAGGUGGAUCAUGCGAAUUGGAUGUUCCAAAUGGUGGCGACUACAACGAAAAUCAUAGCUGUCCAUGACU